AUGGUGAAAGUUUGGUACAUGGAUGAGGACAUUGUAAGCGAUCAGCGUUUGGAACAUCACAAGUCUCCACCGGAAUACUUAUCACUCGAAGAGUUAUUUAGGAAAACCGGUGUUGAGUACUACUGCUUGAACAUAGACACCUUUGAAACUGAUGGUGUGCUUGAUAAAAUAAAGAAAGAGAGAGGUUACACCUAUGAGGAUCAAAUCACUUGCUCAGAGAAGUGCCUGCCUAAUUAUGCUGAAAAACUUAAGUCCUUCUACACAGAGCAUCUGCAUACAGAUGAAGAGAUAAGACUGGUGGUAGAGGGAUCCGGUUACUUUGAUGUACGUGACUCUGAAGACCAAUGGAUACGUAUAGCUGUUUUUCCAGGCGAUCUUAUUAUCAUUCCAAGUGGUAUCUACCACAGGUUUACAUUGGAUUCAAACAACUACAUUCGCGCAAAACGUUUCUUUAUUGGUGAGCCAGUAUGGCUUCCCUACAACAGACCAGCUGACGACAUGCCCUGCAGGAAGGAAUAUGUGGAAAAGAUGGAAAAAGGAUUUAUUACUGUACAAUAA